CUUCCACAUAUCCAGUUUUAUCACUAAUGAUGCAGCCAGACAGGGAUCUAGCUGAGCAGUUCAAGGCCAAAGGAAACGCUGCCUUCAGGAGCGGCAACUACGAUUCAGCAGUAGCGCAGUACACAGAUGCAAUUGCUGCCGACCCCAGCAACCCUGUGUACUUUAUCAACCGAGCGAUGACGCAACUCAGGCUCGGCAAGUACAGACAGGCAGCCGACGAUUGCUCACUGGCACUGCAGCUAGACACAACGAACAUCAAAGCGCUAUGGCGACGCGGAGUAGCAAGGAGCCGUUUGGGAUUGCUUGAGGAAGCCAAGUGUGAUCUAGAAGCCGCGCUGAAGAUUGAGCCGGCAAACAUGGCGUUAGCAGAGGACCUCCGCCAGCUCAGCGGCAGGAUACCGGCAGAAAGGACAGCGGUGGCAAGGGAUCACACGGAGAUAAAGCCCAGGCCAUCUCCGGUGGGUGUGCCUGGCAGUGCACAGGAUUUCGAAAGAAUGUGGCGCGAACAUCGCAACUCGCCAGGCGAUAUUUACAAGCUGCUGAAGUUGGUCAACGCUAGCGAUCUUCCCAGUUUGUUCCGGGCAUCGCUGGAAGCAGAAAACCUCUCAACAGCGAUUAGUGCUAUUGAGGUUGCUCGGAAUGAGUACGGGGAUGUGGCAUUUGCAGCCGAUGUUCUCUCAGCCUUUCCCAAGGUCGCAAGGUUCAGCCUUGCAUGUCUAUUCUUGGACAGCGCUGACAAGAGCCGGAUCCACGAUAUUCUGGCAUGGCUUGCAGCCAAGAAUAUGGAUGUCAGUGCAUUAUCAAAGAUGUAUGCUUAAGCCUAACCACAUAUACAACCGAAACAAAGAACAUUGGACCGACGCGUAUGCUGUGCCAAGAUGUUUUACAGUAGUAGUGCCAUAAGCACGAGGAUAUCAGCGCAUACAUUCAGCCCAUCUACACCACACUUAGCAUGGUCCUAUUUGAAUUGGAUGAUGGAAAGUCGCCCCACACUUCAGAUACUACUAUCAGAAACAGCCAUUAGAGACAAUAAACUACACGUUUAGAACAGGAGCGACUGGUGCCAUAAAACUUAUUUAAUAUCAAGAUUGGGAUUCGGUGGGAUGCCUUCGAAUAUGGACUGGGUUGGCAAGGCAAACUUUUCGGCCGGGAACAGA